AUGAGUUUAUCGUAUGUUUCUGCUUCUCAAUGGGUUUGGGUAGUUUCACAAGUGUUUGGCGGCUGUUGUUCCAAUGUGUUUGUCUUGGAAAAUAUGAUAUCUAAUCAUCAUGGUGCUGCCGGGGGACAUGAACAAUCCUUGGCAAGUGCCAUCACUUUCGCUCAAUUUUUGGGAGUUUCCCUUGUGAGUUAUCGUCAUAGUGCAAAUUUCAGAACUGGUAAAUGGUAUCGACUUUAUUUAACUCCAUCAAAAGUCCCACUUCGGAAAUGGGUGGUAUUAGUUGUUAUGUACUUUAGUAUAUCUUUAUUGAAUAAUUGGGUACUUAGGUUCAAUGUCAGUAUACCGAUGUAUAUUGUGUUCCGUCUGUCGGGAACAGUGGUGACAAUGAUUGUGGGGUAUCUUUUCGGUGGUAGAGUUUAUUCACUACAACAAGUGGUUGCAUGUAUAAUCAUUUCAUUAGGGGCUAUUUGUAAUACUUUACCCAAUGAUAUGUCCAAAUUUUGGGAUCGUAGUACUAAAAAUGAUCCUUCACAUUCAAUUGAUACGGACUUCCUCAUCGGUAUUGCAUUACUUUUAGCUACUUCAGUAUUAUCAGCCUUUAUGGGUCUUUACAGUGAAAAUGUCCAUCGCAGAUUUGGAAAUCAAUGGAGAGAAAGUUUAUUUUAUUCACAUUUCCUUGGCCUCCCACUUUUCGGAGUUGUUUGGCCAUCUUUACGUCGUCAAUUCCAUGAUAUUUGGAAUGAUCCUCAAGUGUAUCCUUCAGUACAAUUCCUUCCUAAACAAGCAGUUAACUUAUUGGCAAAUGUCUUGACUCAAUAUAUUUGUAUUAGAGGAGUGAAUAUUCUUGUUGGUAGUACCACUGCUCUUACAGUAACAGUUGUGCUUUUGGUUCGUAAAUUCUUCAGUUUAUUCAUUAGCAUUGUCUGGUUUAAAAAUGAAUUCACCACUAAUAAUAUGGUUGGUUCUAUCAUGGUAUUAGGUGGUGCUGCAUUAUAUAGUAUAUCGAGAAAGGUGAAGGAGACUUCUGUGCCAAAUACCGGGAGUUCAGUGAAAUCUAACGAACCUUCACCUACAAUUGAUUCAACGAGUAAAUCUAAAGAGUAA